GUAAGAACGUACCUGUCCAGCAGAGUCCGUCCUCCAACAAUGUCCCCAUCGGUCUGGAGACGCUGACGUCUUCCCCGACUCUGCGCAGAGGGAGGCAGCUGGAGACGGGCCAGCUAGCAUGCGGCACUGGCCCGCCGUGUCCAGCAGGGGGCGGCGCUGCUGAGUGUGUGUCUGCGGAAGCGGCCAUGGACGACUUCAACUCCAGGUCGUACGGCACCAGCGGCCUGGACAACAGACCGCUGUUUGGAGAGACGUCCGCUCGGGAUCGAAUCAUCAACCUGGCAGUGGGAGGAUUCACCUCCCUGGUUGUUCUAGUGACCGUGGUCGGGUCCUUCGUGUUCCCCUCGUUGCCUCCGCGACCGCUAAAUGUCUUCUUCGCCGUGUGCAUCCUGUUGACCUGUGGAUCCGCCAUCAUGCUGAUAUUCUGGUACCGACAGGGCGACCUGGAGCCCAAAUUCAGGAACCUGAUCUAUUACAUGCUGGCGUCCAUCGUGCUGCUGUGUCUAUGUGCCAACCUCUACUUCCACGAUGUCAGGUAAAGACCAGGGCGAUGAGGAAGAGGAGGAGGAAGAAGGGACGACAUGGCCUCGACACACGGGAAACUCCGCGUGGAAAAAGACUAAACGAUGGACCAACGGUGAAAGACACACGUGACUAAAAAAAGAAAGAAAUUCAUACGUUAACUUGAAUGAAUUUCCCACGUCGGCCGACAGGAAACUGGGCAGAGACUCCAUAGGUUCCGAUGGGAUGAAAACUCGUCUUGCGUCAUCGUCGUCGAAUCCUGCACAGACACACGAUGACUUCACAGUUGUGGAAAUCAUGAUGUAGUGUCGAGAGGAAACACAAAUCUGCCUGGAGAAUCACGGCUGGUUCAGACAAACGGCUGUUUACAUGCUCAUAAACAUCAUCAAUAUCUUCAGACGUAUUUAAAAUCAGGAGGAAAUACGACAGGGAUUUAAUCAUGUAACUGUUAAAGGAAAAAUCCGCCCCUUUUCCAACACGUGUUACGUUGUAUUGCUAUACAUGUUUGUGUCUUUCAUAUUUUUCUUUGCCCUCAAGUGGCCUCUGACAUAACUAAAUUAUAUCCUUAAACAGCACAAGUUGUAUUCUAAGCAGGACUUCCUUACGAAAUAUGUUUAUCUUCAAGACGAAAUUGAUGACAACUAAUAUACCUCCCAAUGAAACCCCCCAUUCUCACGGAAUUAACCCGGCAGAGAAUUAAAUAUUCAACUCUCAUGAAUAACGUUUUCAUAUCAGUCAGUGUGAUUUACACUUUCCGAGGAUUUAAUUAUCUCUAAAUUUCCCUCAUGAAUAAACGUUUGUAAAAACUGCUUCGAAAUCAUGAAAAAAAUAAUAAUGUGUCCGAGAAUUAUCAUGUUUUCUUCAGAAUCGCAGUAAUCCAGCAAUAGUUGUGUUCAUCGUGGGUGCUCUUUUACCAAAUGUUAAUGAAUAAUGGCAGAAAACAAACACUACAUUUUCACAGAUUUCCCCGGGAAUAUUUCCUGGAUGUUGAUGAUAUUUUCGUAGUUCUUGCCAUCAGGUUUCCAUUUCUCAGAUCUGCAAAAAACAACAAAAAACCUCAAAAGCCAAAUUGAUUCUUUAAAAAAGCCAAAGAACAAGAAGCUCUUCACACGGAAACUACAAAGACGUCGCUCUGCGCUGGCAAGGAAAACUUCUUCCAUUAUCACUGAAAUUUUCAUAAACCUAGAACUUUAAUCUUCUACAGUUGCUGGUUUAAAGAUUUUAACGGGGUGUAUUUUUCCUUUAAACCAGGAUGAAUGUUAAUGAGCAUGUAAACCUUCGUGGUACGAACUCGCUCACGCCACGUCAGCACGCCGUCAUCAGGGUUCUGUUCUCAAACACAUUCAACAGUUUGUAUCAUUCAUUUUUUUGGUUUGUUUUCUGUCUCUGCUUAUUCUCAGCUUAUCCGAUUAUCAUGCUUGGAUUUAAUUCAUUCAUUUCCCGAAUCACGUUUCGCUAAGAGGAUUUUUCUUUUAUUAAUUCGUUUUAAAUGCCCAAUUCCUCUGACUGCCAAUUCUUGCACUGAGCACGGCUGAACUACACUUUGGUCUAAGCACAAACACGGGCCAACUGUAGCACCGGUGAAAAUGAAUGGACGCUUUCCACGUAGCUGCUCACAGAUAAAUCCUUAAAGGAUAUUCUAUAUCAUAGUGAUGUCAGCCAUCUAAUGUUUGCACUGUUAACCCUGCUUUUUUUUUUUUUUUUUACACAAAUCGGAGCAGAUCUUCUGGGCUUCCGUAGCACAAAGUAGCUUUAAGUCACAAUUUGUAGAAUAACAAUUAUGAUCCCGAAAAACGUUACUGGUACUGUAGCUCAACACAUUCACUUUUAUAAGAGGGUUAGGAACUCUGAACACGACAAACACACAAGUACAAAACGACCGGGUCAGGUCCCGUUUGUGAAGCACAUCGUCUUGUAGCACAAGAAAAUUUUCAUUUGGACAAAAUCACUUUGGAUUUUGGUCAAAUCGGGCACCAAGUCGUUACGUCGGUGAAGAUUUUCAUCACAAAGUCGGGCUGAAGCCUCCGCCGGCAUCUGUACCAAAAUCAAGAGAUCACGUCUGAAGCUGCCUAAAGAAAACGAGUCAAAGUUACGGUCUUGAAGAAAAGGACUGUUGAAAAUCAGUUUUUUGACCAAAACCAACAAUAUUUUCGGACUUUUUUAACAAGGAGCCGAGUGCUGAGAGACUUUCACGAGAAGAAACCGACCUCGCCACGACUUUAGGAUUGUCAAAGCCACGUGUUUCUUUCUUUUCUUUUUUAUUUUACGAUUUUAUGGAAUAAAUAACUGUGUAACCUGA